UGGGAGGGGGGAAUGGGAGAAGAGAAUGACAGCAUUCUGCAUCUGAGGGAGGGAAGUCUGGGGUGGGGCCCAGAGGGGACUGCAGAGGCUGGGGUCCAGCCGGGGGGGGAGGGGGGGGCGGCUCGAUGUCUGGGUCUCCCACGUACUAAAAGUUGAGUUCUGGGGAAGGGGUUGGAAUGGGGAUGGGUGGGGAAGGGGAGGGGGUCUUGGCACUAUUCUGCGUCAAAGCCCCGGACUGGGAGGGGGGUAGGAUGCUGGGCCAGGAGCCAAAGUUCUGCAGAGAAGGAGGGGGCUCUGCAGUAAGGGAGCGAGGGGCGGAGCUGGAGGGGAUCUGGAGAGGGGGCGGAGCCUAAGAGGGUCUAAAAGGCCGCUGUCCACCCCUCUGGAUUCACUUGCGCGGCAGCCGCCGCUGCGGCUGCAGCAGCGGAGCUGAACCCUGAUGGACUCCGACGGACCUGGACGGACUUGGAAGGAUCCAGAUGGACCUGGAUGGACCUGGACGCUGAAGAAUCCUGCCUGCAGCUUCCUGCUUCAACUUAGCAACCCUUCCCUCAGCUUUCAACCAUGAGGUUUCUUCCAGUCCUGCUUCUCAUGACUAUCAUGGCCCAGCCACUCACCCAUGCCCUAGAAUGCUAUGUCUGUGAAUCCAAAGGGUACAAUUGCUUCAAGACCAUGAGGUGCCCCAAUUAUGUCAACUACUGUAUGACCACCCGGACCUAUAUCACUCCAACGAGGGUAACAGUCAGCAAGUCCUGCGUCCCCACCUGCUUUGAGACCCUAUAUGAUGGCUACACCAAGAAUGCUGCCACCACGUCCUGCUGCCAGUACGACUACUGCAAUGGGGCUAGCCUUGGGGCCCAGGCCUCCUCAGCUCUGGCCCUCACCACAAUCCUCAGCACGCUCUGGGGGCUGCACCCCCCCAGCCUCUGACCCAGGCUAACUGGAUCCCUACCUUCCCCCCCCCCCUCACCCUGAAGCCCCAGAUCAACUUGGCUCUGUGAGAGAUGAGGAGAACAUGGCGACUUCAUAACUGUCCCUGGCCCCUCCCCCAAACAUCGAGCCCCUUCCCACCAUGGCCUCUUCCUAAGACCACCUCAUCUGCCACUAGCCCCAGCACUCUCUGGGUGUCAGGCCCUCCUCACAUGCUUUUUGUUCAAGUUAGAUCCUCCCAUUGCUGUAACUGGCCUGGGAAUCCUUCCCACACCACCAGGCGUGGGAGUGGUCCUCUUUUCUAGCUAAUCCAUCGGCUUCUUCUCUCUACCCAUCACUGGAGUCAGAAGAAUCUCUUUUGGAGCCCAAAGUUGGAGGGGGAAGGGGAAGAGGCUCUUGGAUUCUUGGAUUCCCCCAUACCCCUGUUCCUGGACUAGUUUUAUUUUUAUGCUGACCAUCUUGGAACUCUCUCCACUUCUGCUUCUUGACCCCAUCCACUUUUCAAAAUGUCUGACUUUGAACUUGACUGACUAAUGUGGGACCUGACACCCAAAAUGUUCAUGGAUCUGCCAUCCACACCGGACUCCUUCUGCAGGGAUGAGUGUUGGGGGAAGACCAAUUUAGGGUGGGGUAUGGAGGGGGGGGGAAGGCACAUACUCGGGGGUUGAACAAGUAUGGAUUUUUGUUACCUGUUGAGUUCUGAUGGGGGUUUGGGGGUGGGGGUGGAAGUAAUAGAGUUCUGCUGCUAGGGAGGGAGUGGGAGAUAUAGAGAACCUGGUCAGAGGGGGGAAAUAGCCCCUAUCCCCAGGAAGCCCCUGGUCUGAGAUGGAAUGGUAUAGUUUAACCCCUUAUUUUAGUUGGCUCUUCCAGAAGAAUGGGAAGAGGUUGAGUCCACCGAAAGGUAAGCCUACCCAAAGAUUGAUACAUACCACGGAAGGUUGAGUUUGAAGGUAGCUUUCCCUGAGCUGUCCUGGAAAGGUCCUCACAGAUAGAAUUGCUGAAUGUGAGAGCUGGAAGAUCCCCUAGAGACCAUCUAGUCCAACCCUCUCAUUUUACAGAGAAGGAAAUUGAGGCACAGGGAGGUGAAGUGACUUAUCAGUGGUCACAAAGUGAGGUUGUGUGUAACACUGGGUCCCCUUGGGUUCCCACACAACUCUGGAUCCUGGUGUUACGUCUGUGGUGCCCUGUGCUAUUUUGAAUCACUUAUCCCAAAACCUGAAGCUUGAGCCCCUGCCAUUACAUUUCUAUGCCACACCAAAGAAAAGAUAUAUGACCAUUAAAAAAAGAAAAAAAAAGCAUUUCAUUACAGCAGAAUAGGAAGGUAAAUAACAGGGUAGAAAUGUUGUCUGUACUCAUGCACAAAAAGAUUGCCAUAUCCUGUGCUUUUAACCCCCCUCUCUCCGCCCGCCUUUCGCUAAUCCACUUCUAAUUCAGACCCAAGGAACCUCAGUGGACCUUAGGGUUUGAAGUCAUCUGCCUCUUGGGUUUCAUUCCUUCCAGUCUCAGUGGGGUGAGAUAAAUAGAAUGAAUGUCUAAGGGCUGAAGGAAAGCUGGUCUUCCACCACAACUCUGGAAUCAUCCCCUAGUGGUCCGGCCAGGUUAUGGAGCCGCCUGUGUUCCCUGCAGCUCUCACAGCCCCACUGUUUGCUUUUCCCAUAUGCUCAUUUCUGUAGCUUCUGAACUGCUAUGCUCCAGUACCUUCUGAUUUCUCUCAUCAUAUAGUAGCUACCUCCCUUUUCCAAGUCUGUGCCCCCACUCCCUACUCUCCGAUCCUUAACAUCUGUUUUGCCCUUCCAAGUCUGCACUGCCAGCUCCUUCCAUGUGGCUGCUCUCCCUUCCUAAUUUAUGCCCACCUGACCCGGUUCCUCUUCAUCCAGAUUUUGCAACCAAUUGCCCAUCUACAAAGGUUGGAGGAAAGGGAUUAAACUUCCCCGAUUCUCCAUAAUUUCUGUCCUCCUGAUUGCCAAGGAGUCCAACAAUGGCUCCCCAUGGGCAGCAGGCGGUUUUAGUGUGUUGCCUUAGCAGAGUCCCAAUGCCAACCCACAGCUUCUUCUGGUGCUUCUUGUGUGCCUCUGUGCAGGAACGCUCUUGUUCCCCUGGCCUGCAUCUGCCUGUUUCUGUAGCUGUGAUCUUCACAGCCCUGUGGCCAGCCCACCUGACAGCUCUCUGGCUUGCCAUGCUGCCGCCCCUCUCCCACAUAGCCGCUCCAACCUGGAAGCUCCUGUUCACCGCUCUCUGCCGCAUUUGCCUCUGUAAUGGGCUGGCCUAACUCCUGUGGGUGUAUACCCACUUCUGCUGCUGUGGCACCCAUCAAACAUCAGUCUGAUGGACCACAGCUUUCUGAUAAACCUGUGCUGAAUUCCUUCCUAAAGUGCAUCCAGUAAGAAUGUGUUGAGGUUGACAAAUCGUUAGGAGAUGGAGGGAUACAGCCCAGAAGUGAAGGGGUGGGAGGGUGGGCCUCUUCAGAGGCCUUCCUUCUGGGCUGUUGCCAGAGUGGUUUGCCUUUACCUGUGGUCCUGAAUCUUUUAGCAUCUCUGAGAGAAGUGUUCCUGAUCCACCUUCCACUCUCUCUCUGAUGCUCGGGGGUACAGGGCCCAGGAAAGGCUUCGAGGACUGAGGUAAGGAUUUUUGGGGUCUAGAACAGACCCCAAAUAUACUUUUGUUUCUUGGUACUGGUGCACUGGAAUUCGGCUUCUGAUCAAAGUCUGGAUUCCUCUCGAGGAAAUCCAGCAACGUUAUGCUCGUUUUGGUCCACAGUCAAAGGUGAGAGAGACAGCUGAUUCACCGGCUCUUCGGCUGCUCUCUGUAGGUGCUUUUCCCACAGCGGGCUGCCUUGACCUCCGGUCUCUUGACCCUCUGGGAGGAGGUGGCCCUGCUUAUUAGUUUGGGCCCAGCUGGACUCACUUCGAGGUCUGCUUGUACAGUAGCAGCCUCCCCUUUCUGCCUCAGUUUCCCGUCCCUGAGGCCAAGUGGGACCAGUUUGGGUAAUUUCUGAUCUGCCUGCAAUCUCUCUCUCUCUCUCUCUCUCUCUCUCUCUCUCUCUCUCUCUCUCUCUCUCUCUCUCUCUCUCUCUCUCUCUCUCUCUCUCUCUCUCUCUCUCUCUCUCUCUCUCUCUCUCUCUCUCUCUCUCUCUCUCUCUUCUCUCUCUCUUCUCUCUCUAUCUCACAAUCUCUCUCUCUCACAAUCUCUCUCUCUAACUCACUCUCUCUCCCUUCCUCUCUUUGACUCUUUCCCUUUUUCCCUCUUCCCUUGCUCUCUUCCCCUCCUCCCCGCUUUCUCUCUCACAAACAGGUUCUUCUCAAACAGGUUCACUCAGCUAGGAGGUGUCAGAGAUCAGAUUUGAACCCACUUCCGACUCCAGAUCUGACUCUCUAUCCACUGUGCCACCUAGCUGCCCUUCUUCCCCUUUUCCCCUCUCUCUAUUUCCCUUCUCUAUGUCCCACUUCCCUUCCUCCCUCCCUCCCUCAAUCUCUCAAUCUCUCAGUCUCUCGCAGGCAUAUCAGCUCUAGUUAUUGAAAGACUGGCCCGAUAGGUGCAACACUAGGGUUGCAACACUAGGGUUUUCCCUUGGGCACCUGGGUCAGUCUGUAGUUGUUUAUGUGCUCAACAGGCAAUGCUCUUCCAACCAUCCGCUUCUGGAGCAACCUUUUGCCAAAUGGAGCACAAAGUUAGAGGCUGCAUUUCCCUCCGAGUGGAGGGAAUUGAGGGACUGGACAUCGAGUUCCUGUGAUUUCUCUGCACAUCCAAAUUAUCCACCUUCUGCAAGCACUCACAAACCAUAACCUUGGAACUCUGCAUUUUGGGGGAGUGUUGAAAAAAAUUCGCAUUCAUAACUCUACAGUCUAUACAACCCGGUGGAAAGUAGGUCCCCUGAUGUAACAGUUUCGGCAGGCUCGAAACCUGCAUUCCACAGAACUAUGCCACUGGGUUGGGGGCUGCUGAGGACAGAGCUUCCCUCUUCUGGAGGGAUUCUCCAUCAUCCUCAGCCCACCCUCUCACCCUGAUGGCUUGCUCACCAUUUCCUGGAGGGGUGGGGGGAGGUAAUAACUAGUUCCAAAGUAAGCCCACGAACAUUUGCCUUUUUAAUGCCAUUGGAAUUUCUCCGUUUCAGGAAGUCCACAUGAUAGAUAACAGUUAUCCUUUCUCCAUUCCAAUAUUCCUUAGCCAGGACUCAACAACCCCUCCAAGUGCCCUAGGCAGGCUGUAAAGUCUUUGCAAUACAAUCACAAUCAUCCAAAUAGGUACCCCUCCCCCACCAAAAAAAACAAAAAAAAUAACAAAAAAAAUAACAAAAAACAAAAACAAUAGUCCUCGAACUGUCCAGUCCUGUUGUUAUGUGUCGGAUUUUGAACACCUGAAUAGCCCCGGUGACUGACUAUUCAGCUCUGUUCUUCAGGUGUGUAAUGUAUGAUGACAAUUCAAAACUUAACUCACAUCCACAACUCUACAGUCUACACAACCCGGUUCUACAAUGUCACUACAACAACACACAAUAAACAAUAACUCCGGAAAAAAAAAA